AUGUUUAAAGACCUAGAAGUAGAUGACGAAGACGAGGAGUAUGAUUAUGACAGGAAACAGUACUUAAUAGACUCUUUUGAAUUGUUGUUAGAAUUCGAUAAGAUGAUUUAUAAGUAUCAUGCGUUAAAGUCGUAUUUUGAAACAGCAAAACACCAACUAAGCGAGGAAGAGAGAAAUAUGAUCAAAGAAAUGGAUAGAUUAGGGACAAAAUACGAACGGGAAUUUCCAAUACCUGACUUAAUAAUGGAGUUCCCAGAAUUAGCAAUAGUAAGACGCCAAUUGCAAGGAAGCGCAAAGGAAUGUGGGAAGAUUGCAUACCAAUAUAAGCAAAGUGAGAUUUAUGAAAAACCGUCCAACCACGGAUCUAAAUCUGUUACUAGUCAAGAAAAAAGUAAAACAUGA